AAUCGUACGAUCGGUCAGCCUUUUUUUCCUUCGACCGGCGAGAAAUAGAUUAUAGACUCUAGGCCUACAAAAUGAGUUCUUACGUGCCACCCACCGUCGUAAUUAAUAUAUUUGCAGUUAUUGGUGUUAUUGCAGCUUUGAACAAAAUUCUGAGGGUAUUGUGGUCUAUUUUGAAGAAUGUGAAGACGUUUAUUUUGGCGAGACCGCUUGGCCUAGCGACGGACCCCAAACGGCAUGGAAAAUGGGCGGUUGUGACUGGAGCCACUGAUGGAAUUGGAAAAGCUUAUGCUGAACAGCUUGCAGCCAAGGGUCUUAAUAUCUAUCUGCUGAGCCGCUCUCCAGACAAACUCAAGGAUGUUGCAACACAGAUUGAGCAAAGAUACAAGGUGGAGACGAAGACGUUCGCUGUUGAUUUCACCGGAGGAGGGGACAUCUAUCCAUCGAUCGGAGAUCAGCUGACCGGACUGGACAUUGGAGUCCUGGUAAACAACGUUGGCAUGUCGUACAGUUUCCCCCAGUACUUCUGUGAGCUAGCCGAUGCAGAGAAGUUUCUGCCAAACAUCAUCAACAUCAACUGCCUAUCUGUCGUAAUGAUGACCAACCUUGUUUUACCUGGGAUGGUUGAAAGGAAGAGGGGUAUUAUCAUCAAUGUAUCAUCGGCAUCCGGCAUGAACCCGAGCCCCAUGCUUACGGUCUACUCUGCUACAAAGGUCUUUGUGGAUUUCUUCUCGCGAGGGUUAGAUGUUGAAUACCGCUCCAAGGGAAUACAAGUACAGUCUGUAAUGCCGUUCUACGUAACAACUAAACUCAGCAAGCUCAGACGCGAGACCAUGACCAUCCCGAGCCCCACGUCCUACGUGAAGACCGCCCUCGCGACAUUGGGGUCAGGAAAUCGCACCAAUGGCUGCCUAAUGCACAACCUUCAGGGUUGGGUUGUUGGAUCUGUGCCAGACUGGCUAUUGGACAGCGUUCAGAUGUCCAUCCACAGCGCCAUCCGGAAGGUCAGCCUCAAGAAACUAGCAGAGAAGAAAACCAAAUGAUCGCUACCAAACUUAAAGAGAAGGUUGAGUUCUGGGAAGAGGUGAAACAUAAUUUGUGCGUUAUCAUUGUUAUUAAGAAAGUGUGAAAGAACAACGGAUGAAAAAUGUUCUAAGUACGGCAUGUAACAGCAUAAAAAUUGGGAUAGAUUUUUAUGCCACAUGUUCAUGUAGUCCCAUAUACAUCUUUCUGUGUACAGUGCUUGUAACUUUACAGAGACUGGACCAUAUUUCUUAUCAUUUUUGAUGAUUCCAGAACCUUGCAAUACACACCAAUACUGAUAUGCUAGAUGAUCGACCUUUUCUUAUCGAUUCCACACUAUUUCUUUCACGAUGCAAUCGCAUGACCAGAACUCAAUGUUAUCUUUAACUCCUUUCAACAAAACAAUCAUUUCUCUUAAAUGACAAUGGUACGAUAAUAUGAUAACAUUUUUCAUAAUAAUGGGCAAUGCAGAGGGUCGAAAAAUGUUGUGCCAAAUUAGAGAAAAACUAGUGAUUUUUAAUACUAUAUUUCUUAACAAUUUGUUUAAAAAAAUUACAACCAAAAAAAUUACCAAAUCAAUGUUUCUCUCAUAUUCUAACUUGUUCAUAAUAAUGGACUGUGCACAGGCUAAAAAAAAAAUCUAAUCAAUGAAAUUAUUAGUGAUUGUACUAUUGUAUAAAUAUAAUUAAACUCUUCCAAUAAAACAAUGUUAUUUUCCAAGUGAAUAAGGUACUAUUCUAACAUUUUCUUUAACAAUGAACUUUAAGAAAUAAAUAGUGACAAUGCUAUCAUUCUGUCAGUGAAUAGAUCCUAGGAGUUUCUAGGAAAUAUGAAAUCAUGAAAUUAAAUAGUUGAAGUUAUGUUAAAUUAAAUCUGUUGAUCGUAAGGCGAUUCAAUUUUGUUGAAUAAACGGUUAACUCUGUAUAACUAGGAGUUGCACAAAGCAAAUUUUCAUUGAGUCAAAUAAUACUUUGGGAGACGCAACUAUGCAUAAUGUGUUGAUUUUCGGCUAAUGAAGUCGGAACUAUUUUUGCGGUCCCAACAGAUUCAACUCAUGCAGACUUUACAUACGUGGUUUAGUUUUGUUUUGACUAAUCAUAAUUUGCUUUAGACAUUGUUAAAGAACUGACUUUAUCUAAUAUUAUUUAAUUUAAUUUCUAAUUUGUCUGAUUUCUGUACAUCUUGUAACUCAUGCCGUUUUGUGAUUUGGGAAUAAAAUUUUCAAAAAUGUAGUGCCGUUUGUUUGUGUGUCAUUAUUGUAAUGUUAUACAAUUUUGAUUUCUUUAAGGGGCGCGGUAUACAAAUAUACAAUGAUACUCGAGGAUCUAGCUAAAAGCAAAUGGAUAUAUUGAAGUUUACAUGGUGGAGGUAUUGGAUGAAUGAAAAAUAAUGACAGGAGCGAUGAGCAAUUAAAGUGAACCAAUCACCAAAAUAUGUAUUUUGUUGCAAGGGGUUCCAUGUCGCUAUACUGUAUUCAAAAUAUGAGCUUGGAAUAUUUCUUCUACAAAAAGAAAUUGCAGUUUGAAUACGCUCGCAUUCGUAAUAGCAGUUAUUGUUCAUGCCCAUUGUACUAUGCCGAGGGCUUCCCACGUGCUAUUGAUCGCACCAUCAGAUUAUCUCAAAAUAAACUUGGCACUGAGGGGAUUUGUGGCUUGGCACAAUGGGGAUUAGCCCUGUGGCUCUGGGAUGUAUUCAUUAUGGCAGGAUAAGAGUUAAACACGACCUGAUGAGCAGACUGGUUAGCGCACAUGUACAGAUUCGCACAGAAUAGGGAGCACACGGAAUCCAAGUCGGACUUUGAUUGGGACUAGCCUGUUUUAGCCUUUGGCAGAGGACAGGGUCUUCUUGUAAUACUGUGCUUGGGUAUUU